GCUGAUCGGCGGCACGGGCAGACUGAGAGAGGGGACACGGGAGGUGCUUGGUGCCUUGGUCGCAGCGUGUUAGGGGGCUCCGGAGGCUGGUGCUCCCGAGCCUGGUGCGUGAGGCGGGCCCGGGUGUCAGAUCCUUUUGGGCAGGCCCGGCCUUCUUAGGUCGUCUCUGUCUGCUCUCGGCUCUGUGUGGUGGGGAAAGAACUGCCUCAUUGUCAGCCUUCCCUUGGGGCACUUUCCGUCCCUGCGGAAUAGGAAAUCCUCUUUCUGUAUUUGUUUGAAAUUGCAGCAGUGUUCAUAUACCUUUGCCCUCGAAGACCUGCAACAGUUCGGGCCCUUCCCUUGCCAAAGCUGGCACAGCUGCCCACCUGGUACUUUCCCAGCUUAAGAGCCCUUUCCAGCCUGGGUCGCCUGGGUCACCUGUGUCACCUGUGCCUUAGCUUGUCCCUGUGCUUCUGGAGUCUUGAAUAACAUAGCUGGAGGGCAGAGCUGGCACCGUGUGGGGUGGGCUUCCCAUGACAGAAGUCAGUCUGCAGGGAUGCUGGCUGCCUGGCCACAGCUCAGAAACAGUUGUGGUCUUCUUGGGUUAAGGCUCACUGAGCCAACUUUAGGGACCAAAGGUUGUCUAAACCAACUGGGUCAUAUGUAGCUGACUUUUAUGGCAGUAGGGUUGGGUCUGUCCAAAGCAGGUAGAGGCUCAAAAUGAUUCUCCUCACAUCACCGUGUUCUGCUGGAAGACCAGCAGGUGACUUCCAGGCAGUUUGUACAACUGUCCCAUAAUUUGGCACAGGUUGCCAUUUCAUGUACUUGGGGUCAAGGACUCCCCCUCCCAUAGGUACUUGUAAACGUUCCCUGAGUUGUGGAGCUGAGUGUGCUCAUGCUCUCUCAAGCUCUCCCUCCAGGUGGUGUCCAGACCAACCCAGAUGACAAAUGACCAAGACAUUUCAAAUGUUUGAUAGUGAUCAUUCAUAUUGAGUGGUAUGAUCCCUUUGCGUGCGUCCUUUACUCUGAGGAUUAAUCCUCACCUAAUCUCCUCAGCACUCAGAUAAAGACGUUAUGGGACAGACUGGGUAAGUAGAAUCUGGUCUUUGUGUGAAUAGGCCUGGCGCCACAUUGUCUCUGGUCGUGGCUCUGCCACAGUCUGGCAUUCAGUGGGUCAAACACUCUCUUAAGUGGUUGUUGGAGGGAAUACAGAUGUCGUUUUCUGAGUGAUAGAUGUCACCCAGUGACUGACUGGAUCACGGGUGACCUUUUGGGUUGCAGAAAUAAUCUAGUAAUCUAGGCAAGGUUUUCAUAACAACAGUCAAAUUCACCUCCCUGCGACUGCAAGUCCACCGGUAUGUGUGCCUUACUAGCUCUGACUAACCACACCUGCCAGGACUGUCCAGCAAGUCUCAGUGACCUUGGGCACACAGCCCUGCUCCUAAUCCUUAUUAGAGACGGAGCCAACCUCAGAAGGCGUAGUAAAGUGUUUGCCUUUGCAUGGUUUCUCGUUUAAAGUACACAGCACAGUGAAGUGGGUUGUAAAGACAGUUAACAUUUGCCCUGUUCAGUGUUCUCCCUGUCUGAGCAUACCUUUUCUGUUUUGACAACUCUUAAGUAGAAGAAAGAACCCCUUGCAACAGCUGUUUCAGUGGCUGUUGCGGCCAUCACCUUUUAAAUGGAGAUCAUAUUUUUUUUAAAAAGCCCUCAGGCCUUUUACUGAGAACAAGCCUGAAUUUCAUUAUCUGGGAAAUUUCACUCUCCUUCCAAUAUGUGUUUAUUGAAUUCAUACUUCAACGGUGCUUACCUAGUAUACGCAAGGCCCUGUGUUCAAUGCCCAGGACCUGAGGCGGAGUGAAUGAGCUGGGUGUGGAGCAUGUAAUUAUAAUCUCAGUAGGGAGGUUGAGGCAGAAGGACCAAAUUUUAGGCCGGCCUGGGCUACAGAACAAGGCUCUGUUUGAAGACAACAGAAAGGGUUGGGGAAAGCAACUCAGUAAUAGAAUUCUUAUCUAGCAUGCACAAGGCUCUAGGCACAAUCCCCAGUACUAAAGGGAAAAAAGAAAGAAAAUGAAUUUGUAUGAGUAGAUGCCAUGUGUGUGCUGUGGGCACAACAUUGAGUGGCAUUUGGAAACUUCUGGAAGAGUGUGGCUUGUGAGGGACUUGAUUGGAUGGAUGUGUUCUAAAACCACAAGGGCCGCUGUGCUGAGUGUGGGGACAGUUGAGGUUACCUCCAGGGUAACAGAAGGGUAAAACUGAGACAAGCAGCUACCAGGAUGGCAAGAGCCAAGGCAGAAGGAGGAUAUUGGGUGGCUGGCAACCCAAGGCAGCAAUGCAUAGAAUACAGAAAGAGACAAGCUUUGGAGGAAUAGGGCUUUGAGUUUGGAGAGGUAGAGGUGCCAUUCAGACACUGGGUAAGUGUCUCCAGGGCUGAAACCAAAGAGUGUACAUGGGGCUUAAGAGUGGGGAAUGUUCCCAAGUGGCAUUUAAGCUGCGAGGUAAGUUGGGCUGUACACACAGACUCCUGAUACUAUGCCCUGAAGACACUAAAUAAGGGAAGAGAAGUCUGGUUUGUAACCUGUCGCUUUCCAGGUGGAGUAGAGUGAGUUGAUGGGUUGUGUGUUCUUGUCAGACCCAGCUUCUGUUAAGUAAAAGGGGAGCUCCUGAGUGCUGGACGUACAACCUUCCCUGGCCCCAUUGCCUUCCAGGGGUUUUUCCUGACUGCCUUUUGGGGAACCUCUAGAUUGGGUGCUACUUAGCUCAGAAGAGCCCAUUGUCCUCUAAACCAUGGGUUGGCAUUCUCACAGUUAGAACUCGGAGCUUGCCUUGCCUUCCUUGCAGGCCUCCAGCUUCUGUGUAGCCAGCCUUAGAGACAGCCAUGAGUCCAAGCCUGUGGCAUCCACUCCAUAGUCUUUCUUCCACAUUGUGGGGCCGCAUGGGUAAGGGAAAACUGGUCCAGCCACAGGAGCCUCUGUCCGCCCACAGCCUCAGAGCACUUUUCUGUGGUCUGUGGAAGCUCUACUGCUCCCUCUGACCUGACAUGUUUUCCUUUGCAAGUGACAGACCACCAAACUUUCUGAAACUCUGUCCUGCCUGAUUUUUCAGCCGUCUGUCUUGUGGUUCUGGGAAUUGAACCUAGGACCUCCUGUCUAGUGCUAGGAAAGUAUUCUAACCACUGAACUCUAUCUCCAAGCUUGGUUUUGAUUUAUUAAAACGGGCUCUCGCUAUGUAGCCUAGGCUGACCUCAAACUCCUGAUCCUCCCGAGUCGGCCACCUGUGCACUGGGAUUACAGGUAUGUGACUGUCUCCCACUGUUUAAUUGGGUUCUGCACGCUCAGAGACUCUGGUUUACUGAUGGGUGAGUCCAUUAUGAAUAAAAUCUGGUUUGCUGUUCUAAGUGUAACUCAUUGUCUGGGUCUCACCAAAGGCCUUGCCUUGAAUCACUUUGUUCCUGUUCUCUAGUUACCUUCCGUCUUUCCCAGCAAGGCCCUUCCAGCAUUCCUGUCUUGAAGCUUGUGAACCCUUAGAAGAAUCGAGUUAUGGGACAUACUCCUGCCUGGAGUAUUUUUCUGUCUUUCUGGGCUCCUUCAGCACACAAGAGCAUGGUCCUUUGUCAGCAGCUCGGUAAAUCCCAGACCUUUAGGCUCCUUUACUGGACUAUAAAUGUCUUUGUCUCCCCCUUUGUGGGUGUGUGUGCAGGUGCAUGUGAGUUCCUGUGUGUGGAGGCCAGAGGUCGACAUUUGAUGUCUCAGUUGCCCUCCAUCUUGUCUCUUAAGAUAGUCUCUCUCAUGGGGACCUGGGGCUUGCCAGUGAGCCCCUCUGAGCCUCCCCACUGUUGGCAUUAGAGGUAUGUCCUGCCACAUUCAGCCUUUAAUGUGGAUUCUGGGGGGUUGAACACUUACAUCCUCAUGCUUCGAUAACAAGCACAUUACCAACUGAGUCACCGCUCCACCUCAGACUGGCUUUCGAUCUGCACCGUAAAGAUACUCACUGGCCUGUGCCCUCAUUGCAAGCAGUGCCUAGACUCAGAAGGGUCUCUGUGAUUGGUGCUUUUGUCCUUUGCUUGUGUUUUCUGUGCCACUGCCUGGGGCUAUGGCUUCCUCACCCUUCAAGACCCAGCUGAGGCAGACAGACUCUAGGAAACCUUUUCUGAGCCCUGUUUCCUUGUGGACAGAGGGCUCUGAUGCCCUGGGCUUCCCAGUCGUAGUAGUACCUGUACCUUCAAGUGCUUGGUCACUGUUCAGUCCUGAUCAUGGCUUCCUGAGAGCUGAGGCAAUGCCUCACGUCUUUGUCCUCCAGCACUUGGCACCUUGGCAUGCAGGAAGCAUGUCUUGAAUGCCUAUUAAAGUGAUUAAGCCUUCGUGACUCCCAGGCAGCUGUCUUACUUGGUCUGAAGAUGUUUGUUGAGAACCUACCAGUGCCUUAGCCUUGCAAGGCACGCCUGUCUCAGACACCUAACUCGGAACUCCGGUCUGUUGAAAUUCUGGUGCUGCUGACAUUUUGGUUGAAUUUUUUCCCUCAGAUCCUCAUUCUGUAUGUGCUGAGGGGCUCUUUUCCUGACUUGCUGGGGGAAGAAAAGAACCCCAUGGAGCUCCAGCUAGAAUGUCUAGAAUGGCUAGCCAAGCGUGGUUCUCAGAAUCCCAUGUGUGAUCUUAGGCACCUCUAGGAAGACCUGCAUUUGGCUUCCAGCCAGCAAGCAGUCCAGCUGGCCCAUGGUGCUGUGACUCAAGCCUCAUUUCUGGUUACAUCCCUUUUGUACCUGGCACGUGCCUGCCAUUGUGUGCCACCAGCAAAAGGCCCACUAUCAAGUUCCCUGUAACCAGCUUCUCAGGGAGUCAACUGUGAGCGCCAGUCAUCACUAACACUUGAGAAAUUCUUAAGCUGUGCUUCAGGGCUGAGACAGCAUGCAGCCUGCCCUCUGGGGUCACUGCAUAGGACAAGUUUGUUAAGGCUGCCUACUGUUAUUCAGACUUCAAAAUUAACCUGCUUCCUUCUCUGGUUUCUUCCUUCCCAGGCACACAGAGUGUAAUGUGACAUUUGGGUACGGAAGCUACAACCUAGUAGAAGAGUGGGACAUAGAAACAGGUCACUACAAUACCUCAGGGUGCUGACGGGGGUGGGAACAGACCUGGAUAAGGGGGCACUGGCCUGGAAGGUCACUGGAGGGACCCUGAAGGAGAUUUGAUUAGAAUGAGCUAAGAAAGGAAGAGGGGACAAACAUGCCCUACCUCUCCUCCUUGAUGUCCCUUUUGAUUACACCACAGGAACUGUAGUUUGCACUGUGUGACCAGUGCUCCUGAAGCUGCUGUGGGAGGGGCAGGAGCGGGGCGGGGGGACAGGAAGGAUCCAGGUUAGAGGUUGUGACAAGCCAAGCCCUGGCCAUGACAGACGUGAGUUGCAGUGGUGGAGCCGUGGAGCAUGAAGGUCAUGAGAUGUGCAGGAUGCCUCGGAAGCAGCUGGAGUUGAAUUUUCUAGAUGCAAGACAAAUCAGAGUGGUGUGGAAAUUUCCUAAACUCACUGAAGCAGACCCCCAUGGCGCUGAUGGACAGUUCUACCGUCCGGAUCAGAAAGGGUGUGUGAGAUGACUGACCGGUUGACAGAAAGUCCCCAAGGACGGGGCUGCAAGAUUUAGCCUCUCUUAGUUCCCUUCCUGGCAGCCUGGAACCUGCCUCCCAGGUACCUCAGGCGCCAUGGACUCCCCAGGGUACAACUGCUUUGUGGACAAGGACAAGAUGGACGCGUCCAUCCAGGACCUGGGGCCAAAGGAACUGAACUGCACUGAGCUUCAGGAGUUGAAGCAGCUGGCACGCCAGGGCUACUGGGCUCAGAGCCACGCCCUGCGGGGGAAAGUGUACCAGCGCCUGAUCCGGGACAUCCCCUGCCGCACGGUCACACCUGAUGCCAGUGUGUACAGUGACAUCGUGGGCAAGAUUGUGGGCAAGCACAGCAGCAGUAGCCUGCCCUUGCCCGAGUUUGUGGACAACACUCAGGUGCCCACCUACUGCCUGAACACGCGGGGUGAGGGGGCUGUGCGCAAGAUUCUGCUGUGUAUCGCCAAUCAGUUCCCCGACAUCUCCUUCUGCCCUGCCCUGCCCGCCGUGGUGGCCCUGCUGCUGCACUACAGCAUUGACGAGGCCGAGUGCUUCGAAAAGGCUUGCCGCAUCCUGGCCUGCAACGACCCCAGCAAGAAGCUCAUUGACCAGAGCUUCCUGGCCUUCGAGUCCUCCUGCAUGACAUUUGGGGACCUGGUGAACAAGUACUGCCAGGCGGCCCACAAACUGAUGGUGGCUGUGUCAGAGGAUGUGCUGCAGGUCUACUCUGACUGGCAGCGGUGGCUGUUCGGGGAGCUGCCCCUUAACUACUUUGCACGUGUCUUUGAUGUCUUCCUUGUAGAAGGCUAUAAGGUAUUAUACCGAGUCGCUCUGGCCAUCCUCAAGUUCUUCCACAAGGUGAGAGCAGGCCAGCCCCUCGAAUCAGACAACGUAAAGCAAGACAUCCGCGUAUUUGUCAAGGACAUUGCCAAGACAGUGUCCCCUGAGAAGCUCCUAGAGAAGGCCUUUGCCAUCCGCUUGUUUUCCCGCAAGGAGAUCCAGCUCUUGCAAAUGGCCAAUGAGAAAGCACUAAAGCAGAAGGGCAUCACUGUCAAGCAGAAGAGUGUCUCACUUUCUAAAAGGCAGUUUGUGCACUUGGCUGUCCAUGCAGAAAACUUCCGCUCAGAGAUUGUCAGCGUGAAGGAGAUGAGAGACAUUUGGUCCUGGAUCCCUGAGCGUUUUGCCCUCUGCCAACCCCUCCUGCUCUUCUCCUCUCUGCAGCAUGGGUACAGCUUAACCAGGUUCUAUUUCCAAUGUGAAGGACACGAGCCCACCCUCCUGCUCAUCAAGACCACGCAAAAGGAGGUUUGUGGCGCCUACCUAUCAACAGACUGGAGCGAAAGAAAUAAGUUUGGAGGCAAACUGAGCUUCUUCGGAACCGGAGAAUGCUUUGUUUUUAGGCUGCAACCAGAGGUGCAGCGUUACGAGUGGGUGGUCAUCAAGCACCCAGAGUUGACCAGGCCGACAUCCUUCAAGUCCUCAGAGACUGCAGCCGCUCCUUCCCUCCUCAGCCAGUCCGUCUCUUCAGACCCUGCUGACCGGCUGUCUCCUUUCCUGUCUACCCGGCACUUCAACCUGCCUUCCAAGACGGAGUCCAUGUUCAUGGCUGGGGGCAAUGACUGCCUCAUCAUUGGGGGAGGAGGUGGCCAAGCACUCUACAUUGACGGGGAUCUGAACCGAGGCCGCACCGGACACUGCGACACUUUCAACAACCAGCCCCUCUGCUCUGAGAACUUCCUCAUCUCAGCUGUGGAGGCUUGGGGCUUCCAGGACCCUGACACCCAGUGAUGGGUCUGCGUUGGUGGUGACUGAGCCUCGUUGUGGGGUGAUGGGGUGGAGGCCAAGCUACCUCUUGAGGGAGCAGGGCAUGAGUGAAACAACACUCCCAUGAAGCAGGCAGGCUUGCUCUGCAGUGGGGGCGUUGGGAGCUGUGCAGUGGGAUCGUCCUGCUUGGACUUGUUAGGCUAGGACCCCUGAACCCUCCUGUUUCUGAGCUCAAGGAGCUAUUAUGUCCCCAGCCCUGUCCAGUGUCUGCCCUCACCGAGGGUCCUGGGUUGCACAGAGGUGUCCUGUUCCCAAGAUUGCCAGGGCUGCAUUGCUCUGCCUCUGGACCUCAGCCCCUUGUAGGGAAAGGACAAAUGAAUCUUGCCAAAUGUGGGUCUGUGGUGCCCCCUGCUGGUCCUCUGACCCCUGAGCUAUGUUUGCUGCUGCAGGACAGGAUAGGGGAGGGGGCAGGAUGUGUGCAGAGCUCUGCAGCCCCUCCUGUCCUAGAAGGGACAAACUCGGGAAAGCUGUCUUUUGUCUUCGUGUUUCUGCAGAGCCUGAAGCUCUUGCUGCACCUCACUGCAAGUCCACACCUGAAGGUGGCCUCUGGAGAGACUUUCUUUGACCAACUUGGCUAGUCAGCUCCAUUUCCAGGGUUCUCCUCAGAGCUGACUGGACUCUGAGGCUUUUUGCCCUCCUCCUGUCCAUCCUUGUAGCCUCCUUGAACUCCUGUAGUCUUGGUGACUCUGUUCCGUUCCUCGUCACUGUAGUGACUGAGGCCCAGGAUCACCCGAAUCCUAGCAUGGCAUGCUUGUCUCAGUCCAGCCUUCUGCCUUCCCAGGCCUGUGGUUCCCUAGACCUGUUCAUCUGAUAAAGCAGUGUGACUUCUGAUCUCUGCUGUCACUAUGGCUAGCCACAUGCCAUGUUUUCUGUGUGCUACCCCUUCUCCCGUUACGGCCUUCCAGUCUCUGGAUGUCUGUGCUUCUUGAGCCCUGUACUGACCUGGCACAGCAGAUUUCCCCAUGACCUCCCUCCCGCCCUGUGACCUCCCUCAGCUGGUCCUGAGGGUACCACAGAUGAAGAGAGAAGAAGAAGCCCAAAUGGCUGUGCCGGGGCCGCAGAAGUCUGGAUCAUAAGAACCGUUGCCUGGUUCCCACAUGACUGCGUCUGGCGUGCCUCGGUCAGCAUGCAUCACACCUGUGCUUGUCUCCACACUGAUAUCACACUUGCUGUGGGAGCUGCAUCCACCCCUGCCCCGUCUAAUCAUAUCAGCUCUCAGCACGGCCACAGUGGCACAAGAGGCAGGGCAGGGAGGAGUUCCCUCAAGUUUUGGGCCACCUGGUAAACCCGCACAGAACUUGGACUCUGCACGGUGAACAGGUCUAACAUGCUGGCUUCUAGGACAGGUCGACCUGACUCUAGAGGGAAGGAGUCCUGGGAGGAGCUGUUGCUGCUCACUCUGCAAAGUGGUAGCCCGUGCCGCCAUUCCUCUGAGCCUGCUGUCAUAGACCUGCACCUCCAACUUCAGUGUUCCUUUACGCCAUCUUGAUUUUUGUGAUUGUUGUUUCUGGCAAGAUCUUACUAGGUAGCCUGUUUGGUAUGGAACUCACUAUGUAGCCCAGGCUAUCCUGGAAAUGGCUAUGUAGCCUAGGUUGGCCUCAAAAUCAUGACCUGCCUCAGCCUCCUAAGUGUCGCGGGCUCGUAGGCAUUAAGCCCUUUCCUGUUGUGUUAACUCCUGGACGCUGAGUUUGGUCCCCAGCCAGAAGGCCCUAGGACUUUCCUAGGCUGUACCAUCAUGAUGCUCACCCAUGCGUUGCCACUGGGACUCGGAAGCCUUUCAGAAGCAGGUUAAGUUAACUGAGCAGUGUGUGCAGGGCCCUGAAAGAUUCCUGACUGGGUAGUAGGUCCUUGUUUUGUGUCGUCCCACUGGCCUUCCAGGGGUCCAGUCCAAGAAGAUUGGUCAGUGCUUAAUCACGAUUGCAUCAUAAGCAAAGCUCUUAGCUUUUACCCACAACAUACUCAGUUCUUUAAAUUUAGUAUCUCCUUUUUCCUGACCUUUCUGCCAAAAGAUGUGUCAUUUUCUUUGUAUUUUUGUUCUUAUCACUCUUUAUCUGAUACUAAGUGUUUCCACUUAGUAUUUAAUAAUGUUUUCUAUUAUUUAUUAGCUUUUGAUUUAAAAAAAUGCUAGAAUUUGAUGGCAUUGUAUAAGGAGUUUUAUCAUCACUUAAACAUUUGUUUUUAAAACAAAUAUUGAACUUAAUAUAAACCAGUUCAUUAAAGUAACUUUGUUACUGUAAACCUUGUGCCUUUGGGGCCUCAGAAAAUCAAUCUGUACUCUGAUUAUGACAGGAGCCAGUUUCAUGCAGCUCGGGCUAGCCGUAGACGAAGCUUUCCCUGAACUUGUCCUUGUGCCUCCUCGCUCACAGGUGUGUGCCGCUGUGCUGGUGACGCUCACAGGUGUGUGCCGCUGUGCUGGUGACGCUCACAGGUGUGUGCCGCUAUGCUUGGUGACAACUCACUUUAAAAAUAUUUCAUGAGACAGCAGUGGCUGUUCGCAUUUUAAGAAUUUCUCUUCUAAUUAUUGAACUAAAUUACUGUUUUAGUUUUUCCUAUUUUUGUGAGCUGCCACAUGGGUGCUGGGGACUGAGCCAGGUCAUCUGCAGGAGCAGCCAGUGCUCUUAGCUGCUGAGCCCUAUAGUUUUUCUUAUUUUUGUAAACUGCUUGCUUUUAUUUUUUUUCCAGUUUUUUUUUAGAGCAGUUUGUUUUCGGACAUUCUGGAUUUCAGAUUUUCAAGUUUCUCUUACUCAUUUCCUGAGUGUGUAAAGCUUUUCUGGUCUCCUUAAGUAUUUUGUAUUUAAUAAUUUAGGUUUUGUACCUAUUUUUUUAAGAUGCUGAGGACUGAAUCUAGGACCUUAUACCUACUAGGCGAAUUGUCUACCACUGAGCUAUGUCCUUAGCCUUACAUUUGUAUGUUGAACUGGUUUUCAGUUUAUGUCAGAAUUGCUGAGGUGGAAGUUUUUGAAGAUCCUCAUCCAAUUGUCCACUGUAAAAAUCAAAAGAAUUGAGCAAGCAACACACUUUCUAUCCCAGCGCUCAGAAGGUCAAGGCAGGUGGAUCUCUGUGAGCUUGAGCCCAGCCUGUUUUAUGCUGCGAGUCCCAGACUAGCCAAGGCUACAUAAUGAGACCUUGUUUUAAAAAAACUGUGGGGCGGGGGGUGAUUUGGAAAGAAGGUUCAGCGGUUGGAGCACUGGCUCUAACCGGGUUCAAUUCCCAGCAGCCAUAUGGCAGCUCACAACUGUCUGUAACUCCAGUUCCCGAGGAUCCAUACCCUUUCCUGGCCUCUGUGGGUACUGUAUUGAUAUAUUUCAUAGACAUAUAUAUAGACGAAACACUCAUAAAAUAAAAAUGAAGGAAGGAAAAAUAAACCAGAAAUUAACUUGGGCACAGCCCUUGGCUAAACCACAGCCUUGUCUUUCCGCUCGGCGGGAAUCCAUGCAGUGCUUACGGACACCUGCUUUCUCACGCCCUCACGAAAUCUAGACCGUUGUCAGACUCAAAGACGGUUGGGGCUUUAAAUUAUCUUUGCUUGUUUGCUUUGUUUAUGUUUUUUAAGCCACCAUUUAGGUUGUAGUUCUCUAUAGCAGCUACUCCAAAGUCGCUAGCUCCUCGGUCGCUUCCCCGGGUUUAUGUGCAGUUAUUAUAUCAAGCAUGAAUGCCAAGCAGGUCUUCGAGUUCUUUCCCUACCAUAUCUACAUCCGGCCAGAGAGCAUGUGAAGUUAAAAGAUAAUUUCGGUAUUAAGAUUCUUCCCCGGGGGCUGGAGAGAUGGCUCAGAGGUCUUGAGUUCAAUUCCCAGUAACCACAUGGUGUCUCACAACCAUCAGUAAUGAGAUCUGGUGCCCUCUUCUGGCCUGCAGGCAUACAUGCAGGAAGAACCCUGUAUACAUAAUUAAUAAAUAAGUCUUUUUUAAAAAAAAAUAGAUUCUUACCCGGGCCUGGUGUGUGGAAGGCCAUCAUGUGUGGAAGGGCCACCAUGUGUGGAAGGUGGAAGCAGAAAGAUCAGGUCAUCCUUAGCUAAAUACUUAGCUCAAGGCUAGCUUUGGCUACAAUGUCUCAAAAAAAGAAAAGAAAAAAGGACCUUUUUAUGACCUCCCUCAUUACCUCAACUUCUGAUUGUGCUGUUGGCAUUAGGUGCAGUGUCGUGAGGAACAUUACUACAGACAAUGAUUGUGUGCAGGCUCAGUCAUUUUCUUGAACUGCAUGGAAUUUGUCAGCAUUGUAUUUAGGACGAAGAAAGUCGGUGGUUACAUGGACACAUUGACCUGUGACAUGGCAAGAACCAAACCACCAAAACAUUUCCAUGUAGACUCGUAUCUCCUGGUGUGGCACUUGGCUGCUCUGCAGCUGCUUUCUGGCCCUGUCUUCCCACGUGAGGAGACUGGAACACCUCUGCUGUGCAUUAGACAUGAAGAGCUGGACUCAUCCAUUAAGCUGCCAGCUGGGCAGGGUGGCACACGCCUUUAGUCCCGGCGCUCAGGAGACAGAAGCAGCUAGAUCUCUGAGUUUGAGGUCAGCCAGGGCUACACAGAGAACCUGUCUUGGGGUGGGGAGAGCACUGUUGCUCUUCCAGAGAACCCAGGUUUGUUCUCCAACACCCAAACUGCGGUCACAGCUGCCCAUUUCUCCAGUUCAAGGGGAUCUUCCACCCUCUCUGGCCUCUGGGCACUGCGUGUAAACAGUGCACAGAUACACAUGCAGGCAAAAUCAUACACGUAAGAUUAAAACAAAGCUUAAAGUUUGUAAGCUGAAGACUGUUGGGAAAGACGGUCUAAGCAUGACUUUGCCUUUUAGAUCUUGUGAUGGGCUUUGACAGGUGGUCACCAGUUAGGAGUCGUGCACACCUGUAAUCUCAGCACUCGGGAGGCUGAGGCAGGAAGACUGCAGGCAUGAAGCUAGUCCGGCUUCACAGUUUCAUGCCAGCCUAGCUUACAUAGUGAGACCUUAUCUUCGAAACCCAAAACAAAACCCAGUGUGGUUCCUGGCUGACCCUGCAGAGCAUCUGAGUGAGUGUACCAAACAUACUCCUGCUUACAGAGCAAAAGUGUGGAUUUGAGUAAAAUGCAGUUUUGUAAUGUGAAAAGUGAUUCUGUGAUGUUUGGUUAGUGUUGGUGUAAGUCCUAAAUAAAGCUGACAACUGGUGAAGCGGCA